AUGGAUAAAAAUUUGAACAAAAAAAAAUACCAAGUUGAUAAUAGUAGUGAUUCUAAUGGUGAUAGCAACAAUAAACCUGUUGGAUGUCAAUUUACUAAUAUUUGGAAAGAAAUUGAAUUAGGUGAAGAGGUAUCUUGUGGUGUUUAUAGAGGAAAAUGUAUUCAUUGUAGCAAGAAAUUUAAAUAUGCUAAACCUGUUAAAACCAGAGCUCAUAUUGCACAUGAAUGCUCAAGUUGUCCAGAACAUAUUAAGCAAUAUUACAACUAUAUAAUCGCAAAUAAUCUUUUUGAUGAUCCAAAAGUUGAAAAUUAUGAAAUUCCACAUGAUGUUUAUAUUGAAAUUAAGCCAUCUGGAUCUAAUUCUAAAAGAAAAAAGCUUAAAUUAGCAAAACUUACAGAACUUUAG